AUGGGUCCUCGUAAAAUCGUCGUGGGCGAGUCUGCGCCAUCUCUAAAUUUGUCUCCAUUGGACUCGGAUACUUUCACGCAGCUGAAACAGUCGCUGAACUGGACGCGGAUGAUCUCACGCAAUUUUACAAGAAUGAUAAGAACGACGAAAAAAGUAGCCGAAUCGCAGUCGGUCGAGUUGUUUCUGGCCAAAGUGACCGAGUUCAGAAACGUUUCUGGUUUCAUAAUGAAUCUGUACACGAGAAUCGGUCCGUUAUUCAUCACAACACGCAGCUCAGCAUUCGGAGCGGAUCCUCUCGCGAAGCUCGUUAUCGUUGUUGUAGGUGACGAACUCAAUGUGUGGGACCUCGUGAACAAACAGAGUGAGGAGACCCUCUGGUCCUCGACUUGCUACUACAUUGUUGUAGCCGCGUCGAUCCCUCCGGACAUUUUAGAUCUCUUCCAGGCCUUUUGGAACGGCUACUUCGUGCACAACAUCAUAUUCUACCCGACCGACGGCACCGAAUUAGUCAGCGUUUACAACCCGUUCAAGAACUCCUCGCAAGUGACCCGGAUUCAAAUGAGGAACAUCCGAGCUAUCAGGAGCUCCUUCGUCAAAAAGAUGUCCGAUCUCAAUGGAUAUCCUUUGCGAGUGAGUAUAUUUCACACCCGCACGAAAGCUCUCCCUCUGGGAAAUGGAUCCUACUCUGGCAGGGACGGGUUUUUAUUAUCCACACUCGCAAGAAGAAUGAAUUUCAAGCCGGUCAUCUCAGAACCGAAGGAUGGCCUGCGGUAUGGUUUCAGGGCAGAGAACGGGAGCUACACUGGUAUGCUCGGAGACUUGAUCUACGACCGGGUGGACAUUUCUUUCAACAGCGUCUUCAUCAAGGAUUACGAGACGACAAAAAUUCAGUUCACACGCCCAAUCGACUUCGACAAGAUGUGCUUGGUCGUGGCAAAAUCUGGACUCCGUUCCCACUGGGAGGGCAUGUUCCUAGCUUUCUCCUCCGAGAUGUGGUUGGCCCUUUUCAUCGCUUACCUCUGCAGCAUCAGCUUCUGGUCCUUCCUCCGCAGAAUCAACAGCGGCGAGUACUCGAUCGUAACGACCAUCCUCGAUUUAUAUCGAAUAUUCAUGAUGUUCCCGAUCGCUAAGAUCCCUAACAUCCAGUCCGAGCGGAUCGCCGUUGCCUCAUUCCUCUGGUUUAGUCUCUCUACAGCCACCAUCUUCCAAGCCUCCAUGGUCAAGUUUUUGAGCCACCCCUCCUACCGACCGGACAUCAACACCCUCAAGGAGGUCGCUGAAAAGAACUUCCCGGUGAUAAUCGGGUCGGAGAACUUGAAAGAAACGUUCGAGUCACCUGAACCGGUGAUGAAGAAGCUCCACGAUAAUUUAGAGGUAGUGACCGAUAGAAACAUGGACCUACUGGGUAAAGUUGCGGAAGAGGGAAACUCAGCAGCGAUGGGCCGCGAGAAGAAUUUGGAGGAGAAAAUCGCCACGGAUUACGUGAAGAACAACAUUAUUCUGCUACACAUUGUUGCGGAAUGCCCGAAGGCUUACCAUAUUGCUUAUAUGCUCCCGCACGCAUCGCCUUUUCUCGAUCCGAUCAACAAGGUGAUCGCGAUAUUCGUGGAAAGCGGGAUCAUCCACAGUUGGUACAUCCACGCGACGCCGGUGCGACCUCUCUCGGAUUACCAUAAGUUCUCAGAGACGUACAAACCGUUGACCAUGUCGAACGUUGUUAUUGCUUUCGUCAUCAUAGGUCUCGGAAGUAUGCUCAGCGUUUUUACCAUGGCUGCCGAGAUCGUAGUUCAUCGUGUGUACGGGAGCGGAUGGCGGGAGAGCUCCGAGAAGAAACAAGUUACCAUCAGCAAAUUACAUCGGAGAAGUCAGAUAGUUUACGAGAUGACGCGUAAAAGGUUUAAGCCUUUCAAAGUCGCGUCUACAGACAAGAAGGGAAGCUAAUUCCACACAACAAAGACGUUUUGUGUUAAACCUGUCAUAGGUCCAUACUUUAAAUAAAUUAGUUUAUUAAAUUUACAUAAAUUCCA